AUGGAUACGUGGCAGCAAGCGGCUUUAGCUGCUGAAAUAGGAAACCAAGCUCAAGUACCAGUUCUUUCAUUGGCGGCAUCAGCCAGUGUCCGGCCGUCAAGGCAGCUUGGAAGGCCCACCCUGAUACAAAUGGGAAGCAAUGUUUCUGAACAAAUAAGGUGCAUUUCAGCGAUCGUUCACUCCUAUCACUGGCGAAGGGUCAUUGCAAUCAAUGAAGAUGAUGCGUACGGUGGCAACGCUGAGAUGUUAACUCUUUUAUCUGAAGCUCUUCAAAGAGUUGGAUCGGAGAUCGAGUACCAUUUGUCUCUUCCUCCCAUAUCAUCUCUAUCUGAUCCAAGAGGAGCUGUCCCUCAAGAGCUCUUGAAGCUUCUGAGCACACAAUCCAGGGUUUUCAUUGUUCUUCAAUCAUCAUUACCGAUGGCUACCCAUUUGUUCCAAGAAGCAGGGCGGAUGGAUUUUGUGGGGAAAGACUCAGCCUGGAUAGUUACAGAUAGCAUUUCAAGCUUCCUGGAUUCCAUGGACACUUCCUUUAUCCCCUAUAUGGAAGGGGCUCUAGGAAUCAAGUCCUACUAUUCCAAAUCCAAUAGACCCUUCCUAGAAUUCUCUGCCCAGUUUCAGAAAAAAUUUAAAUCCGAAAACCCAGAGGAAGACAACGCCCAGCCUGGAAUUCAUGCACUACGAGCAUAUGAUAGCAUUGCUGUCAUCACACGGGCCCUGGAGAGAUUAGCUAGUGAUGAUACUAAUACUCCAAAUAUGUUGUUAAAAAAUAUAUUAUCAAGCAACUUCAGUGGUUUAAGUGGCAACAUUAUUUUUGAAGGGGGUGAUCUAUCAAAUUCAAAUUCGUUGCCGUUCAGGAUUAUAAACGUUGUUAGAACGGACUACAAGGAGCUUGACUGUUGGACGCAGGACUUGGACAACCCUCUCAGCAGAGAAGGUGGAGACAAAAAUUGCGGUAGAAACACCACGAAGGUUUUGGAUGAUCCAGUGAUUUGGCCAGGGUACCUAAAACGUGUCCCCAUGGGAUGGGAAAUGCCGACUGAUGCAAAACCAUUGAAGAUUGGAACUCCAGCGAACUCCUCUUUCGACAUGUUUGUGAAGGUGGACGAAGCCGAAGCAGACAAAAGAUUUACUGGUUUCUCUAUUGAUAUUUUCCGCGGGGUGUUAAAAUUUUUGGAGCAAAAUUACUCUCUACCCUACGAGUUCCAUCCAGUUGUUGGCACAUACGAAGAGCUGGUUGACUGUGUUUAUAACAAGGUAAUUACUCCUAUCUCUAGAUUUUGA